AUGUACAUUAAAGCAGCAACGUCUGCGUCCAAUUCCACCCCACGAGGAACGGGCUUUCUUGACCAUUACGAUGUCAAACUGAUUAAAUGUCGUGCAGUUGCUUUACGUUUACAGGAGUUUCUGCGGAUUUUGAAGAUUUUGAACAGCACUGCGAAACGCAGGAGCGAGGCUCGAUUUAUUAUUCCAUUGACGAAUUACAUUUUGGCCCUGUACGGGGCCCCAACUUUGAACAUCUCAGAACAUUUGCACAAAAAAGUCUUGGCUAUAAGCGAGUUCAAAAAUGUGCCAGUGCCAGAUUCGAUUCCCGCGUAUGAUCCAGGGUUGCUGGAUAUACGAAUUGAGCUCGCCGCAGUGGAAUCGGACCGUGAGAAUUUCAAAAAGAACGUGUACAAUGCAGGACUCCAGGGGAAAAUUCUGGAGACGGCAAUUAAAGUCACGAUGAUAGCAUUGCAACUGGCUGAACGUAAUUGCGGAGACUCAAUGACGGAGCGUAAUGUAAAACGGCUUCCAGAUAUAUCCGGUAGACCUUCCGAACUGGAUGAGACAACCUUCGACGAGCUCAUACAACCGGCAGAAGUAGCUAUGGCUCUAGACCUGGCCGUUCUGAUAAAAAACUUCGACACAGAUACCUCGGAUGUCUCAUUCGAGAAGCUCAACUUGCAGGUGCUCACCAAGUUCAAAGACCAUAUGAACGGAAAGGUUUUGCGUCCUAUCAAGUCGUAUCACACAUCGUUAUUCCGAUUUUCAAAGGCCUCCUCGAUCAGUCAGGCAAAGAUCAUAAUGAACCUACCUCACUGGCAGUACACCAUGCACCGUAUAUACGCGUUGCUUCUGCGGAUCCUGUACAUCUUGACCAUAACAAAGGCGUUUUUGAGACAAAUAUACGUCCCAAACAAGCAAGUUUUGGAAGCCUAUAAAACACGGCUUCGAUCAGCAAAUGUGUACGAAUUUCAAGAGCUUCUGCAAAACCUUGAGCGCAUAUGUUUGGACGAAAGCGACCUCGACCCGCUAGUUGAGUCUGCAAAUCUAUAUGGUCAGAGCGGUUCAGUUUUCGGUGUGCAACCAACUAACAUCUCUCAGUGUUUCGAAAAUGACAUCACACCUGCGAUCAGAAAGCUCCGAUUUUACUUUCAGAUCAUGGAAACGUGGAUUUUGACGUGGAGAGCCAUUCAGGAAAAUAAGAGCGCUGCAGAAAAAUUGGAAGGGCUCUCCGAAUCGGAAUUGAGCAAACUUUUGGAGGAACGUAUGACUAACGACAAAUUAGAGUAUAUCGUGAGGAAAAACAAUGAGUCCGCUGCUAAAAGUGAAACUGAGCAGAGCCUUUCAAUGAAAACGCCUACAAAGCCCACUCCCAUGAAGACCAUUUUCAAAAGAUCAUCUUUGCAACGGUCAAGCCUUUCCCCCAUAGCUAGUGAGACUUCUUCGUCAGGCUCGCCCCCUUCCAGGGGUCUCAGUAGGUCACCUUCUCUCAAAAACAAGAAACCUCCAGCUAAUAAAGUAUCGAGAAAUGGCAGCAACGUAUCCUCACCAUUAGUUUCACGACGUGGGUCAAUCGCGGAAAAUGAAGGCGCAACUACUAACAAAAGGACGACGCGACCAAAGCCAUCUACAGGUGCCAAAUUAGGCGACAGUAGCACGGAUGCGGCGUCAAAAGUAUCAGGAAGAAGGCGAUCUGCGUCCUUGCAAUCAUCAGUGCAAUCACCCGUGGAUGCCAACCAUAUUGCAUUGCCUGCGGACUAUCAACGUUCUAACUCAUUACAGGCUAGCGCGAGUUUCAACCAGCGUAUGAUCCGCAACACGUUCGCACAAGUUUCUGGUAACCUGAUGGGAAGCAGCUAUGCUUCUCAAUUGGCACCACCGGCCGAGUCACCUUCACCAGUUCAGAAAUCGGUGAAAAUGCUGCGAUCCGCUUCCGCUUCUCCUCCUUCCGGAAACAGCUCUCCAUCUAAGAAGAAAUCUACUAACCAUGAUUGCGAUGAGCUACCUAAUAUUGAAUCAUUGAUUUUCGAUGAAGAAAAGCUGGCACUGGUUUCCAAGCCCAAUUCCAAUAGCAGCAGCACCGUGUCCACAGAAUCUCAACAAACCGAAAUAGUCGCCGAUGGAGGUGAGGGAGAAGAUCUUCCUGAGGACAGCGAAAACCAUGGCGCGGAUGCUGCUUUAGAUGUUAGUGUUAAAAAAGUUCGCUUCACGGGCGUACCACCGAUUUCCGUCAAUGAAGAUCCGAGGCCGAAGAGAAGAGGCUGGUAUAAAAAGCCAGCUGUGUUGCACUAUCCGCCUCCUCCUCCCCAGUUUGCUAUUCAAAAGUAUACAUUACGGCAAGAGGGCGCUGCUUUCCACAACAGCAUUCGGGAAAGAGAUUUCGAUAGCAAUGGGCCGACUCAAAAGAGAUCUUCCGUUAUAAUGCAAACAGACAUGACAGGAACGACGGGACACAAGCUUGCUUCAAAGUGGCGAGACAAGCUUAUUCGGUAG